GACAAUGGGAGUGAUAUUUGACUCAUGGUGCUUUUGCAAAGGAGUUGGCAAAAGUGAGAAGAUGAAAGCUUCCAUUUUUUCCGGCAAAGCUCCGGCUAUGGCUCGUAUCUCUGUCUCCGGACCAAAUGGGGUUACUUCUGGAACUGGAUUCCUCAUUCACCGGAAUCUUCUUCUCACCACUCACCUCAAUCUCCCUUCCAUCUCCGCCACUGAAACCGCCGAGGUCCGCCUUCAGAACGGUGUCGCCGCUGCUCUCUUCCCUCACAGGUUUUUCAUUACAAGUUCGGUUAUUGAUCUCACCAUUGUUGGUUUAGACCUUGUUGAUGGAGAUUCAAAUUCCCAGAGCCAAACCGCACAGCCACAUUACCUGAAGACAUGUUCCAAACCAAACCUGGAUCUAGGAAGUGUGGUGUACCUCUUAGGCUAUGCUACUCAGAAUGAACUAAAGAUCGGCGAGGGGAAGUUAGUGGUAGCUACUGACAAUCUCAUCAAACUCUCAACUGAUGAAAUGAUAUGGAGUCCUGGAUCUGCUGGGUUUGAUGUUCACGGUAAUCUCGCAUUCAUGAUCUGUGAUCCGAGGAAACUUUCGACAUCACCAGCCUCAAACUCGUCAUCUUCUUCUUCGUCAUUGAGAAAAGAUAACAACAAGACACUGAUGAUGCAGUUUGGUAUACCCAUACCAAGAGCAAUCUGUGAUCCUGAGUUCCUUAAAGUUCCAAAUACUUUCGUUUUUGCUACAGGACCACUGUCAGGGCUUGUUGUUUACUGA